CAUGUUUAUCACUAAUUAUUCAAAUUCCAUCAAACAAAAAAAGAGGGUUAGAGCUGUAAUAAUCAUCUCCUGCAUAGAGCCCCUUCUCUAUUGCUUUCAGGGUCCCAUUUAUAUUUAUGAGCUCCCCUCCAUUCCAACUCCAACCAAAUAAUUUCCCGACUCUUGUCUGCUACAAAUUGGUAACCAGUAGACCUUAGAAACCCCAAAUUAUUGUCCUCAUAAUCUCCAUAAUUAUAUCCUUCAACCCUGUCCUUGUAGCCGGUGAUAUGAUGGGAGUAAAGGUUUUAAGCUUUUAACUGGUUUACAUGGAAUCUUUGUGGUGUGGGAAGCCAUAGCUUCUAUUUUUGCAUUCUCACCCUCUGUUGUACUAUGAAAGCCUUCCCUUUUCCUCCAAUCACCAAAAGGAGAUGCUUUUUAAUGGUGUCUUUAUCUUAGUUGGAAGUUGCUGACAGGCACAUAACCCUAACUCUAAAGCCCCGUAUCUCCCUUUAGUUAAAAAGCUGAUCUACAAGAACCCAAUGAAAGAAAGCAUAAGCCCUCACUUUCUUUAUAUAUCAGCUGCAGCUGCACCCAUCUUUGCUUAGCCAAACCACGAGUUUCAAGCAAACAAGCCAAGGGAUUUUAAUUUUGUUUCAUUCAUCAGCAGCAAAUGAGAGAGGUGAACUUUUAGUAACUCUUUUUAUAUAAGCUUUUGGGGAUGAUGCAAGCUAAAACAGCAAUGGUGACCACUCUUUACCAUCGACCGCACCGCCUUCUCCUCGAUACGCAACCGAACGCAUCGCCAUCGCUACCGAAUGGAAGCAGGACGCGCAAUGCUUUCGCCAAUGAAGCCAACUUUGACACCAACAUGGUGAUCAUCCUAGCGGCUUUGCUUUGUGCAUUGAUAUGUGCUCUAGGACUAAACUCCAUUAUGCGUUGCGCUUUCCGUUGCGGCAGAAGGUUUGGUUUGGACGCCACGGAAGAGACCGCGGCGCGUUUGGCUGCCGCGACGGGCCUGAAGAAGAGCGCGUUGCGUCGGCUUCCGGUGGCCGUGUAUGGUUCAGGGAUGGAUAUGAAGGCUACUGAGUGUCCAAUUUGCCUUGGAGAAUUCAUGGGUGGUGAAAAAGUUAGGGUGUUGCCAAAAUGUAACCAUGGUUUCCAUGUAAGGUGUAUAGAUACAUGGUUGCUGUCACACUCAUCUUGCCCAACUUGCAGGCAGUCAUUGUUGGAUCAGGCAACUAACAGCAGUGAUGGUGCAGUGGAGAUCGAAAACGGAAUCCGACCACAUGGAAAUUCUUCAGGAGGACAACAAGCUGAUGUACCAGUUCCUGCAGAUGAGGUUGGUUGAUACUGGUCUUAAAAUAGUUCUCCAACCAGAUGAGAGAAAAGGGGACCUUAGAGUAGUUUUUCUAAUGUUUCUUUUGGCAUUUUUAAAGUUAGGUUUGUUUAUGCAUAUGCAUAGAGAGAACUAUUUGAUACUUAUAUGAGGGUUUGCAUACAAAUUCAUGUCCAGUUGUAUGUGAUUGUAAUGAGUUUAUUAGGAAAUAUAAAAAGAUGAAUCAUGAACCAGAAAA